AUGCUAUCAAAGUGGGACAUCGACUUAUUUUUUGACAGUAUCCCGAAAUACCGUAUCACAACGGUAGGCCUCGUCCCAUCACUUGUACACCAGGUGGUUCACCAUCCCCGCUUCGAAACUGCCGAUUUGAGUUCGAUUAAAGGCAUGGGCAGUGGCGCUGCAUAUCUUCCACCCCAGCUCGCCGCCAAGCUUUUUGCCCGCUUCCCAGACAUGGAAAGAAUUACCGAAGGUUAUGGUUUGUCCGAAUUCGUAGGUGAGCAUCCAUUACUCAUUUCAACCCCCAACCCCACUGCCCGAGGGUAG